AAUGCCAAUAGUAUCCAAAGGUGUUAAUAAAGUUGAAAUAACAUAAUUAAACAAAAUUUUAUAGUGUUUUAUUCCUCAGUUCCUGUUCAUUUCUUACGCGCAUUUUGGUUAAUUAGUUCUUAAAUUGUAAUUCUUUUACCAGCAAUAUAAUAUAUAUGUAUGUGUAUAUAAUCUCGCCAAUGUAUAUGAAAGUAAUAUUUAUAAUUAAUGAUCUUUUAACCAUUAUUAUUAUUAUUAUUAUUCCACAGAAUUCUGUUUUUAAUACGGUAAAUGCUUUCAGGAACAAAUCCUACAAUUUUGGAAAAGCUUCCCAAUUGAAUAUUUCUAGUGUUAUCCUUAUUUCUUCUUUCUUAUUUCUGUUAUAACCAAAUUGAUUAUAUUAGACAUGAUGUUACGUAUGAGCACUAAUAUAAACAACCAGUACUUCGUUAGGUAGAUAAAUAGAUGGCUCAAAAAGUUUAUGGAACUGUAAGUCAAGUAAUCCUCGUGUUUUAAUUAUAAUAUUUAAUGUGUGUACAGUAAAGAAAGAGGUCAAAGCAUCUAAGAAAUCCAUAAAAAGAAAAGCAUAGUUCUCAUUUGAUCUAUAUAUCGCUCUUGCUCUUUCUUUCUUUCUAUUGCUCUUGAUUUUUGAGAUCUUUUCAAUUCUUUAGACUUUGAGCUAAGAAAAUGGAGGGAGAGAAUAGUAUUGAGAAAGGAUUAUUACUCGUAAAUAAGGAAGAAACAUCUGCAAAUACAACUCCACUUCUUGUUUUUACCACUUUCAUUAUUGUCUCUGCUUCCUUCACCUUUGGCGUUGCAUUAGGUUAUACUGCCGGUACAAUGUCUUCCAUAAUGGAAGAUCUUGAUCUUUCAAUAGCACAAUUUUCAGUAUUUGGUUCGCUAUUGACUUUUGGAGGAAUGAUCGGUGCAAUAUUUAGCGCCAAAAGUGCAGAUGCAUUUGGCCGUAAGAUGACUUUGUGGCUCGCCGAGGGAUUCUGCAUAAGUGGAUGGCUUGCAAUUGCACUAGCCAAGAAUGUUAUUUGGCUAGAUCUGGGACGAUUCUUUGUGGGAAUUGGAGUUGGUCUCAUUAGCUAUGUGAUUCCUGUAUAUAUCGCAGAAAUAACUCCCAAAAAUGUGCGAGGCACUUUUACAUUUAGCAAUCAGUUGUUGCAAAAUUGUGGGCUGGCAACCGUAUAUUAUCUUGGAAAUUUCAUGGCAUGGAGAACGAUAGCCCUUAUCGGAAUUAUCCCAUGCUUGAUACAGUUCUUUGGAUUGUUUUUCAUCCCCGAGUCUCCAAGAUGGCUGGCAAGAGAAGGUGGUGAUGAAGAAUGUAAAGUUGUUCUUCAGAAGUUAAGAGGAAAAGAAGCUAAUGUUAUGAAGGAAACUCGUGAAAUCAUGAUUUGUGUUGAUGCUACCGCAAAUGUCAGCAUGGGAAGUCUUUUCAAAAAGAAAUAUACUCGUCAACUUACAAUCGGUGUGGGUUUAAUGCUUCUGCAGCAAUUAUCUGGAAGUGCAGGAAUAUCUUAUUACGCAGGCAGCAUAUUUGAGCUUGCCGGGUUUCCUUCGCGGAUUGGAAUGACAGUGUUGUCAAUGGUUGUGGUACCAAAAGCUAUAUUGGGUCUGAUACUUGUGGAGCGAUGGGGAAGACGACCACUUCUGAUGGUAUCAGCACUAGGGCUAUGUUUAAGUUGUAUCUUUCUUGCAUUAUCGUUUGGAUUGAAAGGUGUCCCUGGGUUUGUAAAUUUUACACCCACCAUGGCAUUCAUAGGAGUAUUGACAUUCAAUAUGAUGUUCGCAGCUGGACUAGGAGCACUACCAUGGAUUAUAAUGUCUGAGAUAUUUCCGAUGGACAUGAAAGCAGUAGCUGGGAGUUUAGUAGCCAUCACGAAUUGGUUUACCGGUUGGAUCGUCAGCUACUGCUUCAAUUUUAUGCUUAUUUGGAGUCAACCAGGUACUUUUAGUAUAUUCGCCAUGAUAAGUGGAUUAACAAUUUUAUUCGCAUGGUGUUUGGUGCCUGAAACUCGUGGACUAUCCUUAGAAGAAAUUCAACUUCCUCAUGCUAAUAUUCAGAGUUGAUCCUAAAUGUGGCGGUAAAACUGAUAUUAAACGAUUUUUAUAAAUACUGUAGAAUUAUAUGAUGGAUUUCGAGUGGUCGACUUUUAUCCUUCUAAAUGUCUGUUUCGUUCUAAAUUUCAUUUUUUACUUGUCUUGUAGUGUCUUUCGUUUCUGCCAGUUUUCAAUUUUAUAUGACCCCGGUAAUUUUAGCAUACACAUUUUUUUU